GCGAAGUUGGACGUGCGCGCGUAAACUUCUUUCGAAAAUCUGCUAGAGCACGCGGACGGAGUUCUACAAACAGUUUAGUAACGAGUUACGAGUUUGGCGAAAUAAAAGUUGAACUAUUUUGGGACAACCAGUACCCGAUCCAGAAUUUUCAAGGUCCCGAAACUUCUACCCGAACCAAGGUCGGGGCAAUCUGUGAAAGGGUCCGGCAGAGAAUUACUUUUCGAUUCACAAAACCUCGUUUAUAGUUGCCGGGCCAGCUGUUUGGAGUUCAAAACCGUUUUCGAAAUGUGAGGUGCUCGUGCCUUUGCCUAUACAUAUUUUAAAGAAGGUUGAUUUGUAAUUCCGGUGUGAAGUGAACGUAUCAUUUUGGGGUGGCUUUUAAUACCUGCAUACGUUUUAAAUGUGGGGACCCGCAAGAAGUGCUAUCUCGAGUUCAGUGAUCUAGAAAAUUGAAUCGAUUCGCCUUGGGGUCGCACGUACGAUUUGGGACGGAUGUGCGUGAUAUGUGAGAAAAGCCAAAAAGCUAUGAGAAAUGCCACCGGCCCCAAGAAAUUAUAAUGGUUUGAUUGAGUGAAAAGAGUUUCAAGAGUUGUCUUGCAUACCUAAAGCUACAGCGUGUGACACGGAUAGAUGUUGAGAAUCGAACUGGGUUAGACCAUUCGGAUCAACCCCAAGUGCCCUCGAUAGGUGUGAUUUGAUUGGAAGAAAUCAGAGAAAUAAUUGUAGGUAGUAGAAACCAUACCGUGAAUAACCGAAGAGAAAUGCCAUAUCAAAUGCAAAUUCUAGCAGCGGCCAUCGGGCUCAUUUUUUGGUGUAGCUGCAGCAGUCGCUUUUUUCUCGGCGUGAGCGCUGAACCGUGGCGAUCGCACGAAGAUUCACACGAUAGCGGAGGCGAUGAUGGGGGCUCCGGGACAACCCUGUUCGAUCAUUACUUUGUGCACCAUUUCGAUCAUGGAGAACCGACGACGGACACCGAAUCGGCGCCAUCGUACUCAUUGAGGAGCACUUCCGUCAACUGUCAGUGCAUGAAGCUUAGGGAUUGUCCAAAAAUCUUGGACAUGCUCCGUAAUCCUAAGGCCAGCUAUAGCGAUUUCAAUUCGAAGCUGAAACGCUUGACCUGUGAGUAUGGAGGGGCCCGGGAAACGACGGUAUGUUGUCCUUUGGAUGAUAGCUGGCUGGCUGAUGACAUCCAAUCGAACGAGGACUACAACUAUGGAGAUGGUCAGCGCCUGAAAGAGUACAGCGAUAAUGGCAACCUCAAGUACAUGCAAAACGGUUAUAACAAAAUCAGCAAGUACCGCAACAAAAACCGUUUCAUAACCUCGUUUGAGGAUCCCAAAACUUUGAAAAAUUGCCCACCGAUCAUUUAUCCGGACGAGGAAUACACUCGACCCGGAAAGGCUUACGUAGCCCCGGCAAUCCGCCGGAGACCUUACACGACUGCCAAACCUUCCACGCUUCCGGUUCCGGUAGUCAAUAAUCCUCGCAAUGGCGCAGAUUCGAUCGUUGCAGAGCCGGUGAUCGCGGAAGUAACCAAUCAAACUCCUCCUGCCUCGCUCAUCCCGGAAAGCUCCACCCAACGUCUACCGCCAACCAGUUUCGCGCCUCCGCUCAUCAACGAUGCCCUGUGCGGGCUAUCGGUGAACACAAGGAUCAUUGGUGGUGAAGCCGAGGUUCCCGGACAAUUCCCAUGGAUGGCCCGGUUGGCCUACAGGAACAAAACUUCCGGACGGGUUACCUAUCGAUGUGCGGGAUCGCUGAUCACCAACAGACACGUGAUAACGGUAGCCCAUUGCGUGACCAACCUUAUCGAUGAGCUUGAACUAGUAAGCGUACGUCUGGGUGAUUUGGAGUGCAAUUCCGUUACCGACAAUCGGUGCGAUUCCCGCUAUCAGGACUUCGCCAUCGAACGAGUUCUGCCGCACUCGAACUACGACAAUCCCAAGUACGCCAACGACAUUGCGCUGGUGAAGUUGCAGGAGUCGACCGAAACGUACAACAUCAUCAGCCCGCUGUGUCUACCCACGGAUCAGUACUCUUCCUAUGGCCAGAAUCUCACCGGAAAAACUGGCAUCAUUGCCGGCUGGGGCUCCACCAGUAAUCGAAGCAACAUCCCCAGUCCGAAUCUUCAAUAUCUGAGACUUCCGAUUGUAGAUACUACUCAAUGUGCCAGUUCGUACGCUCGCUACAGCCUCAAUUCCAGGGUUCCGAUAAUCGUUUCCCGUAAUCAGAUGUGCGUUCAGGGUCAGGAAAACAGAGACGCCUGCCAGGGUGAUUCGGGAGGACCCUUGAUGAACGAGGCCCUGUCAAGUCGGGAUCGAUUCGUGCUACUCGGGUUGGUGUCCUUUGGACCGCGAACCUGUGGGGUGUCCAACUUCCCUGGUGUCUACACUCGUAUAUCGUCCUACAUCGGAUGGAUUAUGCAACAGAUUGAGAUCUGAGGCGUAAUUUUUAACAUAAAAAUUACAGAGAAAAUUUCUCUACCAUAGCGUUCAUUGAAGAAAUGUGUAAAUACUUGAGCAAAACAUUGCUGGUA